AUGAAGCUCUUGGCUUUCCUUCCUUUCGCUGCGGCAGCAGCCACCGUGCCACAGUCCGUAUCCUAUGACGGCCACAAGGUGUUCCGUGUGCCCGUCACCGAUGACGGAUCCUUCCUCCGCUCCAUCCUGGACAAGCUAGACGUGUCUAUCUGGCAGCCUCCCUCCAAAAAGGGCGCUUUUGCCGAUAUACAUGUACCUCCUCACUCCUUGGCGCCGUUUGAGCAAGCGCUCGAGGGCCACGAGGUCAUUACCAUGCAUCAGGACCUUGGCGAGUCUAUCCGCAACGAGGGUACUUAUCAAGUAUAUGCGCCCGGCGCGCCCAACAGCACCUGGUUCAACUCAUACCAUGCCUAUAGCGACCAUCUCCAGUGGCUCAACGACCUGGCCUCACAGUACUCUAAGAACGCCAAGGUGAUUACCUCUGGGAACACCCUGCAAGGCAACCCUAUCACGGGACUUCAUUUAUUUGGCAACUCUGGUGGCGGCAAGAAGCCCGCCGUCGUGUUCCACGGCACUGUUCACGCUCGCGAAUGGAUUGCCUCCAUGGUUGUCGAGUAUUUCAUCAACGAGCUGCUCAGCAAAUACGGUUCUGAUAAUGCCAUUACUUCAUUCGUGGAUAAAUACGAUUUCUAUUUGUUCCCUAUUGUCAACUUCACACAGACCACCAACCGCAUGUGGCGCAAAAACCGCCAGACGACCUCGGGUAGUAGCUGUCUGGGCCACGACAUCAACCGUAAUUGGCCGUACAAAUGGGAUGUUCGCGGCGGCUCCUCCGACAACCCCUGUGCUGAGGACUUCCGUGGGCGGAGCGCCGGCGAUGCUCCCGAAACUAAGUCUCUCUCGGGUUUCCUUCAAAAGGUCAAGGACGCACAGGGUUUGAAACUGUACAUCGAUUACCACUCCUACUCGCAGAUCAUCAUGACUCCGUAUGGAUACUCGUGCAGUGCUCACCCAGCCAAUGAUGGCGAGCUGCAAUCUCUCGCUAAGGGUGCCGUCGACGCCAUCUACCGCAUACACGGAACUAAGUUCAGAUACGGUCCCAUCUGCUCGACCAUUUACCCGGCCACUGGUAGCAGCGUCGACUAUGUUGCCGACGUAGUCAAUGCCGACUACACUUUUACUGCAGAGCUGCGCGACACUGGCCGCUAUGGCUUCGUGCUGCCCCCGGACCAGAUUCGUCCCAGCGGCGAAGAAGCCUUUGCUGGCGUCGUCUACUUGCUCGCGAACAUGAAGUAG